AAAGUGCAUGAAAUGGCUGCUUAGAUAUGCAAUGGAACAGAAACGCUCAAUUUCAAAGGUGUUUUCAAGAGAAGAUUACACAGAUUUGUUCAUGGAUGGUGUAAGUGUUGGCAGCCACAUAUCACGAGAGUGAGGAAUUCAGAUCUUUGGUAGACAAUGAUGCACACAAAAUUGAAAUAGCCUACGCAUCAGAUUAAUUCUUUAAAUAAAAAUAAAAACAUCAAACACUGUGUUUCCCGGUGCAGACCAUUAUAAUUUGUCAAAAUAGAUUGUAAUGGGUGACCCGUUAAUCCUAAACCACAAUUUAAGGCUGAUUCUGUUCCUCAGAGAAUACUGCAUAUAUUUCUGUGUUCCUGGCAUGAUGUGAGUCACCUCAUUUGAAAAGAUCUUCCUUUGCGUGUUAAUGCUGAUCUUUCGGAUCAGGUUUUUAUUUGACAUUGGAUAUAAAACCGAAACGGGGCCAAAUCCCUGUUUUUGCAGCUCUCUGGGGGAAAUAACCCUACGAACUCUAAAACUUGUUGGGAGGGAUUAACAUGAGCACAGCUGUUACCGGGCUUUUAAAUUCCGGUAGGACACCCUUUUGUCUGACCUGGAUGCUGACACGACGCCGAACAGAGCUCUCCUGGUAUAAGCAAGAUCCAAAUUCACUUUGUCAAGCGAAAAGAAAGCUAAAUUGUGAGCAGUAGGCGGGUUAGACAAAUCGUCUCCAUAAAAUCAAAUAUCGGUAUGCUGUUGCUAAAGAGUGCAAUUGUGUCUGGCACAUAGUUUAUGUUUGCUAUAAUGCUCACUCCAUCGGGAAUGGCCGUAUGAGGGGCGUGACUAAGACUUUUCUUUGAACUUUAACUUGACAGGUGUUUUUAGGUAAACGUACAGGAUCAAGAACAACUGGUAGGCCAGUGCCUAUUUAAUGACUUGCCUUGUGUAGGUCAAGGCUAUAGAACCAUUUAGAAAUAGCCUAUGUAUUGCACAUUUUGUAUUAUCCAGUAAUGAUUAUGUUAAUUUAAGUUGCCGAUAAGACUAGUCAACAGCGUUAAGGCCACUGGCAUUUCUAACCUGGUAUUAGGCGUGCGGAGCAAGGCUAGAACAUCGGUUCCAUUGAUCAAGGAUGGUGCCAUUAUGACGACAUGUGACUAAGUAAGUCAUUCCAUCCGGUCAUUGUCUUUGUCAACAUCAAGAAGAAUCCCCAGACCUUCAGUCGACCGUUGAAAAAAGCGUGGCGUUCAUCUGAAUUUAUUUUGAUUGAAAUGUAGUUAACAUGGACGAAAAGGUUAAGAAAGUAUUUGGAUUUCAAGGGGACACCAUACAUCCCCUAGAUGUGCCCGAGCGCAGGAAGAUCUGCCGGCCACCGGACAGUCUUACGGUCUACCACACCACCCGCCUCUGUGAGAGGCUGAUGCAGCCCAAGAGCGAGUUUGACCUUACUGACCCCAGGGGUUUUCUGGUGAGCUCUGAAUACAACAGCCUCCAUGAUCCCAACCUGAGGGGUUACCUCUUCCGUAAGGACAUCCACCGGAGGCUCUUCAGGGGCGGCUUCAUCACCAAGGAUGACAAAGUGAUCUGCUCUCUGAGGACCUUGAACAAGUACAGAGAGCAGCUGGCAGACGUGGAGAUGGACUGGAGUCGCAGGUUUAGGGCCGAACAGAAGGAGGUGUUGAAAAUGUUCCUCACUUUGCAAGACCAUGGAAGGAUCAGCUCUGAUGUGACUGUUACCGAUGUGACCGAUUGGGCUUUGCGGUCUGGAAAGCACCUCUUUGAGAAUCCGAACAGUGCAUAUAAAAGCAGGUCCUCGUCAGGCCUGAGUCUGCAGCGGCUGCCUGCCAUUGCCAGGAGGUGUAGUGCCAUAGAGGUCUCACCAGGCUCUACCGGCAGAUCUGAAUUGAUCUGGAGUGCUAAGGGCUCUCAUAUUAUGGAAGGGCUCACUAAGGAGCUGCAAAGGGAGAGGAGACUCGAAAGUCGCUGGAUUACCUCCAAACAACAGAAAGAAAAGAAGAGGGAAGAGUGGAUUCAGAAGAAUCUAAUGAAGGUAAAAAAAAAGAGUACCCAUAAAAGCAAAAAGGAGUCUCUGGGCCGUCUAUCAAGUGAUGACGCACAUUUGCUUCGUGAGGUGUUAGCAAACCACCUUGGAGGCCAGGGGGAACUCGCCCAAUCCCUGGAUGGGUCCAGCUCCCAGAGAGCUACCCCCAAAAAAGCCUCUCCCUCAGGAGACCUUGCUUCGGACCAGUGUGAAAGGAUGGAGGACCUUGCUCGCGAUGUUGAGAAAUCAGAGUCUCUGCAAAAGCCACUCAGUCUUCAGUCUCAACUUCAUGGCAGCCGUAACCACAUCUUCGCCUCAGCAGCAGAUGUUGUCAUGAGAGCAGACAGAGUUUACUCCAGCCGACAAAGCAGAAAUGCUUCUCUUGUCUAUCAACGUCCUUUUAUAGGUGCAAAAAAGAAACUCUCCGCAAUAUGCCAGAAACUGGUCACCAGGGUAUCCAGUUCACACAGACCAGCUACCGCAUGUGACCUACAUGGGAAGAUGACGUCAACUCCAUCAGUCUCCUCACAUCAGGUUGAUAUUCAGCAAACAUUACUACAGGAGCACUUCAAAGGAAUGAUUACACCAGAAGAGCUGCAGGUGGUGCUUCAAAGCAUGGUGGUGACUUUAGUGGACGAGGUUAACGAGGUCCUGAUCCCCGCCAUUGUUGCCUUUGAGUACGAACACGUGAUGGCCUCAAGCAUCCCAAAGGAUCUCUCCUCCUCCUUCGAUGAAACCUCGUCCAGCUCCAAAAUCUCUCCCGUGACCAGCAGUUCAUCCUGCUCAACGCCAAAGGUCACGGUCACGUACCCUGAUUACACACUGCCGAACAGCAGGGGCGUGAGCCACGCGGAUAUGUGGAGCGUCAGCGCUCCACAGAUCGGCCGAGAUCAUGAGAGGAACAGUCUCGGGAAAAACGUAGUGGCUCCCAGUGCCAGUCUGCUCCUGAAAGUGGAGAACAUCAUUAAGGACAUCGUCUCGGUGGAAGACUUCACUCAGCAGACGGGAGACGGCAACGCAGUGGUGACUCCAAGUGUCGCUAAGGAUUCGGAAGCCACAGCCAGUUUGGAUGCUGAGAUCAAACCUGAGGAGAAGACUGAGAUGGAAAUUGGCGCAGGGAGAAUUCACAUAGAUGCUGCUGUCACCACGGAUACCGACUCCAGCUCUGACAGUCACAUCCUUGAACAGUCAUCUGAUAACAUUGAAAAGAAGGCCAGGCAGCAGCUUGAGGCGAAGGAUGCAACGAGCGACAACCCAGAAUUCAGCGAGAGUGAAGUAAGCAACACUUCCUCAGAGGAAGAGUCCGGCUUCAUGGUCAGCCUGGAGAAGAUCAUCCGGCUGUCCUCUGACCAGGUGGAUGAGAUCCUCGACAAGGUGAGCUUCGUCCUGAAUGAGGAGCGGUCAUGCUGGCUUCCCUUUGAUUGGCCCGUGUCCGCGGAUGGACAUGACGACGUUGAAGCGGUGUCCCCUCCGCCCAACAGCGUGAUCUUCGCCAUCAUCCAGAAGAUGCAGCUGGACAAGUACCUGGAGAGGAAGCUGAUGUCCUUCUUUGCAGGAAGACAACUGACUAGCCCAGGAGGUGCGCCCAUCUCUCCUGUGGCCAGCUUGUCACCCAGCGCCCUCGAGAAACUUUCCUGGAACACGCUCUCUGAAGUCAACCCCCACUCCAUCAAAGUGACCAAAUGGCUCCUUGAGACCAUCCAGAAACGCAAUGACUGGCAAGGCAGCAUGAACUGUGACCUGGAAGAGAUGGACAGCAGGAAGGUUAGAGAGAGGCACCUCCUCUGCGAGGUUAUCCAGGCCCUGUUGGACCAUCUGAACAAUCUGAGCACCACAAGGAGCCUCAACAGGCAGACCCAGUCCGACACCAACAUGCAGCCAGGGGGAGUGGGCCAGGGUGGUCCGGGGUAUGUGGGCACGGUGGUGUCGGACAUAUCUCUCGCGGCGAGCGAGCUCACAAAGGAGGUCACGGCCAAACUUCUCCUUGAAGAUAACUACCAUUAAGUGCACCCACUAACAGUCUUACCAUAAUCCUGACAUAAAAAUGGAAAUAGAAAUUUUUCUAACCUAGAUCAAGUUUUACAUUUUCAUUUAUAAUGAAAAAGAUUUCUGUGUCGUGGACAAUGUCUUUAACUUUAAACACUACUUGUAAAGAACCUUUCAAGAGCAUUUCAAGUAUGUGUUUUAUUGACUAACCUGGGUAAGUUCAUAUUGUCUGCAAUUUCCACAGACUUCAACAUAAAGUAAGCCUAAUUCGGUUCAGUUUAUUUAAAGUAAUUGAAGCUUUUCCUCCUUAACAAGCUGUUUUUAAAAGGUCAGUUUAUAUGAAUUACACUAGUUGGUGUACAAUCUUGUGUUUCUUUUGCACUAUAAUAACUUGUAUUCUACUGUACUCUAUUUAGGUUGGGAUUCAUGUAACACAUUGAGCCUUUAUGAUUAAAUGGAGACCUUCGGCAA